UCCUCCUCCACCCCCCCUUUUUUGUCUUUACACAUAAUAUGUAUAAUUCAUCACAUAAGAAGCCUACCAAAGAGACUAACAAAAACAAGUCUCAGUAUUCUUCAGAUCAACAAGAAAAAAAAGAUAGAAGGCCAAAAACACUUGCACAUCGAGAACAAUUCUAUCACACUUUUAAAGCCAAACUUUCUCAAAAGAUUCAAGAAAAGGAAUCUGAACUAAAUAAAGAGCGUGCAAAAUUGAAAGAAUGUGAGGAACAACUUAAAGCAGCUUGUCAACAAACUGAAGUUCAGCAGCUAACCUUGAAUAGAAUACAAACUCAGCUUUAUGAAAUCAGCAAACCUAUUAAAGUAACUGAUGAUGAUCUCUCUACCGUUACAGUACAUCUUGCUAAACUUACAGGUAAAAUUCAACAUUUUCCUCCUAGCUUCAAACAGGCGUAUUUAAGAAAACAGCAAAAGGAAAAAUUAACACCACAUCAACUCAAGGAUAUCUUUUGUCAAUGGUUUGGUAAAGAUGAAAAGGAGUUCAUUGAGGAAUUGUUCCUUGAGAUGAUCGAGCAACAAAAAGUGGAUUAUGGACUUAUAUCCGUGUUGGUAGAACGAUAUUUGAUGGAUGUGAUUGUGAAUGAUAUAUUUAAGGCAGGUAUUCAUCUUGACCAAGGGGUGAACCAGGCUUAUAAUCGACUGUAUCAUUUUUUUAUUCAGACAGGACAUCCAAAAUGGGCUUGUGAUUUAAGGUUAAAGACAGCAAGGGCAACCUAUGAUUUAAUACAUCAGGGGCACCCAAAUACACUAAGGGCUAUCGAGCUAUCAAAACAAACCAUUCUUAACUCUCUUAUCUUACAUCUUUCUUUCAUUUAUGAUUGUGAUACUGACCAAAUGAAAGAACGAGUUGAGAAACUCGUGGAUAUGGCUACUCAUCUUUGUCUACCUAUACAUGGUCAGGUAGAUGAAAUUCAAAUUUAUGACUUGAACCAAAAAAGGAGAUUUACAGGUGAGCUUGAGACUGUACGGGAAAAUCAAGUUAAACACGUGUAUCGUUAUCUUAAUAAAGACCACAUUCAUUUGGGCAUUGCGCCAGUCUUUUUGGCAAAGAGUAUCACUGAAGAAGAGGAGGAUGAUCAUCAAUCAAUGGAUUCAUAUAUACUAAAUCAUACGCUUAUUUAUCCUGGAAAAGCUAUUUGGUAGCCCAUUUAUCGGUGUAUAUAAAUUUGUCUCUCAAAAUAAAAUAAAA